AUGCUCGGCCUGCCCCCGGCCGCGGAGCGUCUACAGCAGGCGUGUAGCGCCGCGGGCGAGCCAGCCGCCCCCGCCACCGCCCCCGCCGCCGCCGCCGCCGCCGCGCGGCUGCGCGUGACACGCCUCAUUUCACGCGCCGCCGCUCCCGUGCCUCCGCCGCCCCGCUGCCCCCGAGAAGUCCUCGUCCAGCUUGUUUUCAAUUUACUGGCGCGCCACCGCGGCCGCAGUGUCACUUCGGUACUGUACGGGUCUGUAACACAGGCGGGACGAGGUAGCGGCGCGGUGCGCCCCCGGCCGCCGCCUGGACCUAUGGCACGGCGGGCGCGCUGGUCCGGCCGGUGCGUGGCGCGCAUGCGCGGCCGGCUCGGGCGGGCUCGUCGCGCCGUCCCGGGCGGCAGUGUGGGUCCGGCGGCGAUGGCGAGCUGCUGGUGCGCCGCGGCCGCGCUGUGCGCGCUGCUCCCGCUGCCGCUGGCCGGCGCGUCGCACGGCGACGGCGACGCCGGCGACAACGCCACCGCGUGCCAGCCGGGCCUGCUGCUGCCCGUCUGGAUGCCGCAGGACAACCUCAGCGCCGGCGACCGCGUCGCCCGCGGCCUCGUCUACUUCUUCGCCCUGCUCUACCUCUUCAUCGGCGUCUCCAUCAUCAGCGACCGCUUCAUGGCGGCCAUCGAGGUCAUCACGUCGCAGGAGAAGGAGAUCACGGUGCGCAAAAAGUCCGGCGAGACGCAGAUCCUGGUGGUGCGCGUGUGGAACGAGACCGUCGCCAACCUGACGCUGAUGGCCCUCGGCUCCUCCGCGCCCGAGAUCCUCCUCUCCAUCAUCGAGAUCUACGCCAAGAACUUCAACGCGGGAGACCUCGGCCCCGGUACCAUCGUGGGCAGCGCCGCCUACAACCUGUUCGUCAUCAUCGCCAUCUGCGUCUGCGUCAUCCCCGACGGCGAGGUGCGCAAGAUCAAGCACCUGCGCGUCUUCUUCGUCACCGCCACGUGGUCGGUGUUCGCGUACAUCUGGCUCUACGUCAUCCUGUCGGUGUCGUCGUACGGCGUCGUGGACGUCUGGGAGGGCCUGCUCACUUUCAUGUUCUUCCCCGCGACGGUGAUCACGGCGUACAUCGCCGACCGCCGGCUGCUCAUCUACAAGUACCUGCACAAGGGCUACCGCAUGAACCGGCGCGGCGUCAUCGUCGAGUCGGAGGCGGGCGACGUCGAGAUGAGCAAGGUGAACCACGUGGACGGCGCGCUGCGCUCGCUCGAGGAGGCGGCCGCCAGCGAGGAGGUGCGCGAGUUCGAGCAGUCGCGCCGCGAGUACAUCCAGACGCUGCGCGACCUGCGCAAGCGAUACCCCGCCAUGGACCUCGACCAGCUCGAGCUGAUGGCCCAGGAGGAGGUGCUGAACAAGGGCCCGAAGAGCCGCGCCUUCUACCGCAUCCAGGCGACGCGCAAGAUGGUGGGCGGCGGCAACAUCAUGCGCAAGAUCGCGGAGCGCGCGCAGAGCGACCUGAGCGAGGUGAAGGCGGAGAUCGCGCGCCGCGACGACGAGGCGCAGGCGGCCGCGCAGGCGCAGCAGGGCGCGCGCGUCUACUUCGAGCCGGGCCACUACACCGUCAUGGAGAACGUGGGCACCUUCGAGCUGCGCGUGGUGCGCGAGGGCGGCGACCUGGGCCAGCAGCUGCUCGUCGACUUCGCCACCGAGGACGGCACCGCCGUCGCCGGCGACGACUACGUCAAGGCCUCCGGCACGCUCGUCUUCCAGCCGGGCGUCACCGAGCGCACCUUCACUCUGCAGGUGAUCGACGACGACGUGUUCGAGGAGGACGAGCACUUCUACGUGCGGCUGAGCAACGUGCGCGUCGCGGAGCCCACGUCCAAGACGCCGACGGCGGUGCCGCCGCCGCAGCUGGCCAGCCCCUCGCUGGCCACCGUCAUGAUCCUGGACGACGACCACUGCGGCGUGUUCGCGCUCGCCGACCGCGACGUCGAGAUCAUCGAGUCGGUGGGCACGUACGAGCUGCGCGUGACGCGCUACAGCGGCGCCAGGGGCCGCGUCGCCGUGCCCUACUCCACCGAGGACGGCACCGCGCACGCCGACAAGCAGUACGAGGCCGCCAGCGGCGAGAUCAUCUUCGACAACAACGAGACCGAGUGA